AGCACAAAUUCGACAAUAUUUUCCACUGGCUGGCCCACUGUUUGCCGUCAUGUCACAAUAAAGAGCGAACGAGAAGGUGAAUUUAUUCGGCUCGUUGGGUCCACCAACUCAAAUCAAACACAGUUCUGAUUCGGAGUUGAAGUGCAGCGAAGGUAGAAAGCGAUUACAGCGCAACAUUUUCCACUGAAAGUAUUUCCCUGCGGUUGAAAACCGAAAGUUUGUCUGUAAUUUUCCGCAGUUAGGACGCCGCUAAGGGUUAAUUGCUUGCAUCAUGUCCACGGAAAAGGAGAAUAUUUUUGUCUUCGUGCCGAAUCUGAUUGGCUAUGCCCGGAUCGUGCUGGCGAUCGUUUCGUUCUACUACAUGCCUACCAACUACGUGAUCGCCGGCUGGUGCUACAUCGUGAGCGUCGUACUGGAUGCCCUCGAUGGACAUGCUGCCAGACAUUUCAAUCAAUCGACAAAGUUCGGCGCCAUGCUCGACCAGUUGACCGACCGUUGCGGAACAAUGGGUUUGUUGGUAACCCUCAGCUACUUCUACCCGAAGUACAUGUUCUGGUUCCAGAUGUCGAUGGCUAUCGAUGUUGCCUGUCACUGGUUCUAUCUGCACACAACUGUUCUGCAGGGCAAAACUUCGCACAAGUUCAUCGAUAUGUCUGGUAAUCCAAUUAUGCGAGUGUACUACACCAACCGAACUGUUCUCGGCUUCAUGUGCUUGUUUAACGAAUUGUUCUAUGCGGCUUUGUACCUGUUGCAUUUCACACCGGGACCAAUUAUCUUCGGUAUUUCGUCGUUCAAAUUGCUGGCGAUGUUCUCUGCCCCGGUGGCUAUCGUCAAAACAGCCAUUUCUGUGAUCCAUGGAUACGUUGCCAGCAUGAAUAUCGGCGUGAUCGAUGUGGCCGAACGCGAAGCUCAGCGGGAACGGGAAGCCGCCAAAAAGCCACAGUAAGGUGACAUCUGUGCGCACCGCGCACUGUGAAUACAAUUGAUGGUUCGUAUUAUGCUACUACGUCCCUAUCGACGGUACUUCUUCCUCCUCAGUGUCAAUCCAUUGGAAUUAAACCAUCGUAUCUAUAUCUAGUUUGUAUCUGAAUAUAGUUGGGCGAAGAAUAUUCGUUAAAGGGCAGAUGAAUUAGGUAUCUUUUUAUGGGUUCAUUGUUGUAGUAGCAAAUGUAGUUGUAAAUUAUCGAAUUUGUGAAACAGGUUCAUUUAGUCGCUAAGAUGACUAUCACAAACAGAAUCCCAUAUACCAAAUGUAUAGUAAACUAAAUGACAAUUCAGUAUCCUUUUGAUCUAACGUGGAAAAGUCUCGCCAUUUUGAUAUUGAUCUAAGCAGUCGUACAAUUGUCAUUGAUAUUCGAGUGUGAAAUAUUUUAUAGUGGAUUGAGCUUAGUAGGCUCUAUUCCAAAUUAAUUGCCCAAAACCAGAAAAUUCAAAUUCAUCAAAACCUAUCAGAAAGAAAAAUCUAAUCGUAUUUUAUAUUAAAAAUGGUGUACCGUAGAAAAACAAUGCACACAUGAGCACUCAGCUUUAUCAUUCCACAUAUAGAGGAAAAAUCGGAGAGGUGGUUAAUAAUAGAACAUGUUGAAACAGUAUCCCGUGCAAUACAUCCUUAAGGACAAGCCUCCUGGAAUCCAAAAUUAAAUUUACUCGCGUUUUCAAGAGCAUACCACUAAACACAUACUACUAACUACUAAAUACGGAAGCAACAUACAACUCUGUCGUUUUCAUCAUUUUUUCAUGCAAGCUGCGACGCAACAAAAAAACAAAUAAAAAGAUAACAGUUGAUCGUAUUGAGUGGUGUGCUUUUUAACACACGAGUGAAUUUAGUCGUGGAUUCUGGGAGGUUCGUCCUUAACUGUAAAAUUAUAAAAAAAACACGUGAGACUAUUGAGAAUGUUCGAGGAAGGUUAUGCCAGUUGAAAAAGAAAGAUUUUCACAAUAGUAUCCAUUUGUAAACCUGAUGUCCGUGCGCUGUCCGCGGUAUAACUAGGGACGCAAUCUGAAACAUUGCAGAGUAGUUUUGUGAGUAAAUCGAUGUUGCACGUAACUUAUUUUCCACCGUACAUGUGUGGAUAGAAACAAAACAAAAAUGAGAAGUAA